AUGGAUAUCUUUCGCAUUCUGUCGAGGGGAGCGUCGCUGAAGAAGACGAAGGGGGCGAGUGCUGAUUUUUCGUUGGCCAAGCCUGCGGUGAAAAAUCCAGCGAAAAAAGAGAAUUUGGAUAUCGAGAUCGAAAAGGAAGUUGAUUUUUUCCACCAGAAAGAUCAUAAAAAGAAGAACUCGGUGAAACCCGAGCCUGAGGAGGAACAGCCUGCUUUUGAGCCGACCUUAGAGCCCACAAGAAAGGUACUCACCACAGAGGAGGCUUUAGAGCUGAGAAAAUCGUACGGGGCCAAGGUUUCGGGCGACGAUCUCCAUCUGCCUAUUGGCUCAUUCGAGGACCUGGUCACCCGUUUCAAGCUCAACAAACAGCUUCUGGACAACCUGAUCUCCAAUGGAUUUACUGAGCCCACUCCUAUUCAAUGUGAGGCGAUUCCCGCUUGUCUGGCCGACAGGGACCUGAUCUGCUGUGCUCCAACGGGAUCUGGUAAAACGCUUGCAUUCUUAAUUCCAAUGGUGCAACAAUUAGGCAAAGGGCGUAAAAAUCAUGGGAUCCGUGGUCUUGUGAUCUCUCCAACGAAGGAGCUGGCUGCCCAAAUUUUCAAUGAGCUGACAAAAUUGUGCAAAGGUAGCAGCCUGCAAAUUGGCAUUUUGAACAAGUCUAUUGCCGGAAAAUUGCGCAACAGGGUGCUGGCAAGUUCGAAAUUCGACAUACUCGUUUCGACGCCGCUGCGUCUGAUCGACCUGAUUGGUGAUGAGGUAAUGGACCUGAGCAAAGUGGAGGAGGUUGUUUUUGACGAGGUCGACAAGCUGUUUGAGAGCAAGUUCGUGGAGCAGACCGACCGCAUUCUCACGGCAUGCUCAAACCCAAAACUGCGGCGGUCUAUUUUCUCGGCCACCAUCACCUCCAGCGUGGAGGAGCUGGCAAACUCGAUCAUGAACUCGCCGAUCAGAAUCAUCAUAGGCCACAAAGAGGCCGCCAACUCCAAUAUCGAGCAGAAACUUGUUUUCUGCGGCAACGAGCAUGGAAAAUUGCUGGCUCUGCGCGAGAUGCUGCGCAAGGGAGAGUUCAAGCCACCAGUGAUCAUCUUCCUGCAAUCUAUUACCAGAGCUAAGGCGCUGUUCCACGAGUUAUUGUACGACCGCCUGAACGUGGACGUGAUCCACGCCGAAAGAACACAGCUACAACGAGAAACAAUCAUCGACCGGUUCCGCAAAGGCGAGCUGUGGUGUCUGAUCUGCACAGACGUCCUUGCGCGAGGAAUUGAUUUCAAGGGAAUCAAUUUGGUAAUCAACUACGAUGUCCCAACGUCUGCACAGGCCUACGUGCACAGAAUCGGCCGUACUGGCCGUGGAGGCCGUUCAGGAAAGGCAGUGACGUUCUACACGAAGGAAGACACGCUGGCGAUCAAGCCAAUUGUGAACGUGAUGAAGCAGAGCGGGUGGGAAGACGGGAUGGCCGGCUGGCUGAAAACCGACCUGUCGAAGCUCACGAAGCGAGAAAAAAAACAGAUCAAGCAGAAAGCAGUGGACCGCAAACCAAUCAGCACGGUUCCUGCCGUGGUGCGGAAAAAACGGAAACAGAGGAAGGAGAUGAUCGAGGCCUCGAAGAAACGGAAACUGCUGGAGGAAAGUUCAAGCAAUUGA